AUGUACGAUCUGAACAAGAAUGGUUUCAUUACGAGGGAAGAAUUCAAAGUGAUUCUGAAUAUGAUGGUCGGUACGAAUAUAACUGUGGAACAGCUGGACAGUAUUGCUGAUCGAACCAUAACUGAAGCUGACAUUGAUAACGAUGGGAAAAUAUCAUUUGAUGAAUUCUGCAGAAAAUUUUUUAUGUUCCUAUAA